AUGACACAGGCAGAAUCUUCUGAGAAGCGAUCUAUUCGGCUGCAAAGUCUCUCUGGUGGCAAUUCCUCAGGGAGAGAGCCUGGCAGCCCGGUUGAGAGUCUAGGGGACAAGAGGAAGGAGGCUUUCUUCAAGGUGCAGGCUGCGAAGGCGGCCCAGUUGCAGCGACAACAGGAGAUACGCGUGGGCGAGGAAUGGAGCGAACAUUUGAAAUUGCCCGCGAACCGAACACCUGAAGCGAUGAUGAACUUCUGGGAGGAGGUCAAGAUUCGCCUCCUCAAGCGCUUCGGCAGCUUGCACAUGGCAGUUGGAGGUGAACAUUCCGUUUCCUUCAUCCAGUUCUGCGAAAUUCUCAGGGUGAUCCACUUUCCGCUUCACCAGAGUACUUGCAGACACAUCUUCGGGCAGGUCUGUGGAGGCCAUCGAGAAAUGCCCGUGGACGCCUUCAAAGCUCUGCUGAUGGAGAGGACGAUCCAUUCGAUGCGCUUUGUCCUGGAAGGAUGGAAUGGAAAGCAGGCCCGAGUCCGUUCUCACAUCCGCACUUUCAUCAGGCGACUGGCUGAAGUGGAUGAAAGACAAGAAGAACAAGCUGUGGACCGUUUCCAAAGAAAACUCACUGCCAGCUUCAUUCGCAACUUUUGGCAACUCCUGCUGCGGAAAAGCAGUUCUAGAGAAGACGUGGUGAUCACGCAGACGUCUCUGGUGCAAGCACUGCUGGAUCCAGAGGCCAACUGCAUUUUCCAGGACCACGAGAUGAUUUACAUGUUGCGAAUUUUUGAGCACAUGAUGAAAUUCCGCAACAGCUUGUGUCAGACCCGUGGGGAAAACGGGCAGAGCGGGCAGAACGGGCAGAGCGGUGUGCCUGUGCCCGGUCUCCCCAUGAGUGGCUACAUCACGGGUCUGACGUUGGUCAGCAUGAUCCCGACCAAGAGCGAAAAGUUGGAGCUGAUCUUCGAGGCUUUUGACCUGGAUGCGGAUCAUUGCCUUCUCUACAAACAGAUUUUCGAGCUUUGCCAUUGCGUUUCAGUGCUGAAGGUCAUGGUGGAGGAGAGCGCCCGCGGAUCCCCGGAUGAGCACUUCCAGGCGGAGCUGUCGCAGCAGGAGGGACAGCGAAGCUACGAGUGCAUCCGGUGGCACUUGCAGCGCCGUGGGGUCCCAGGUGACAUUGUGAGCUUUCCAGAGCUCCGUGCGGCCUGGGAGACGCAGCCGAGUUUACAAUCGCUGCUUCCAGGUUGGGUGCAGAUCCGUUGGGCAGCACAGGCACUGCCGGGGGAAGACUUUUCCGCUGUCUUUGCUUCCACUUUUGAGGGCAAGAGUCGUCAGAGCCAUACGAAGAGCAGAAGUCGCCGCUCUAUCCAAACAGCACCUACAACUGGCCCCAGUCGAGAAGAUGAGUGGUGCGUGUCUGAAGCGUCUCGUCUGCCAGGUCCUCAGGGCAACGCGGCCAUCUUCAAGUCCGUCCUGACGGCCAAGUUCUCGAAAUCUCUUCGGGAUUUGGGCAACCGACGACUCGUGGAGCUGACAAGAGACUUUGAAGUCCGUCGCCGUUCCAUCAGCCGUGGACUUACCAUGACCGACUCGCUACCGACUUUGAAGGAUGUCAAGGAGGUCAGCACCAAAGAUGCAGAGGCACCGAUUUUCUGCACCAUUGCUUUCAUCAGCGAGUUUAGGCAGGCCGGCUUCAAACUUUUUGGCUCCAGCGUUGGCAUUAGAUGCCUAGAGAAGGAAUGUGCAAAAGAGCUAAAGAGCCACGAGUUCAAAGGAAUUUCAGGUGGAACAGUUGAAACAGUCCGGUGA